AUGCGGCAGGAGGUGUUAGCCGUGUUAUCUUUAUGUCUGCUGACCGUCUAUGGGAGCACUCGUGUGUUUCAAGGGUCGUGCGCAGCGGAACAUGUGCUCUGUGAGCAACUGUGUGAAGCACUCUCCCCAGAAACAUAUGAAUGUUCUUGCUGGGAGGGACAUGUGUUACAGGACGACGGAUUAUCGUGCAAGGCGAAUACGGAUGUUCAGUACUCGGUAGAAAAAAGAGAGCUGACGAAGAAAAGAACUCGAAAGUUGGAGGCCAGCACAUAUCCAUACAGAAGAGCGUCGGAAACAAAGAGACGGAACUACAACGCCAACAGACCAUUGUCAUUCAGUGGAUCCAACUACGCAGAGUUUCCAAUCAAGGAUGACACCUAUUUGGAGACAAAUAUAACCAUACAGUUUAGAUUGGAUGAACACAAAGAUGGAAUCAUUUUCUUUGCUGGAGAACUCAUGGGAGAUGACUUCCUCUCGAUUACUUUGGAUGGUCCAAAUGUCAUCAUGAGACAUGAUUGUGGAGAAGGCACCAUCGAAGACAUGUACCAUGGAAAGUUUGCCAUUGGAGAGUGGCAUGAGAUCACUGUCUGGAGGAAACACUGUGAUUUGACUGAGAUGUCAAUUGAUGGUGGUCGGAAACUCGUGGAUCAUGCUGAUGAGUUCAAGAACUUCAAAGGAAUUACUAUGGAUGAAGGGGUCUUCCUGGGUGCUGCUCCUCACAAUAUUGAAUUUCUUCAACAGAAAACAGGAACAACUGAAGGAUUCCAUGGAUGUGUUCGAUUGCUCAUCGUGAAUGGAGAUGUACUGCUCAAUUCGAAUCAGACCAUCAACAAAGCAUUGGAUUCAUCGACCAAUUAUUAUUGUUCGGACGAAGUCAAAGUUGAGAGAAAGAUGAAAAAAAUUGUGAUUGUUACGGAUGAUAAGAUGAAAGAGAGUGCAGAAGGAGAUGAGGAUGUGAUCAAGAUUGAGAUGUUUGAUCUCACACAGAGAGGAAUUCCCAAGAUCAUGGAAACCCCAGGAAUGCAUCCAUCGCUUUUGAAGACAACUACAAGCUCACCGCCUCUCGGACAUCCCGUGCUGAAGGAGAUUUCAGUUUCUCAAGAACCAGUGAGAACAACUACACCUGCUCCAGCCAAGACUUCAUGGAAAGUGGCUCAUUUCAACGGAGCAUCGAAGCUCGUCGUUCCAGCACCCGACAGCAUUUCAAGUUAUCUCGAACUCUCAAUUCAAUUCAAACCGGAAAAACAAACUGGAGUGUUAUUCUUCUGGAAGGAAAAUUCCAAGUUUUUGAUUGUCACAAUCGAAAACUCGUUCGUCAAAGUGUAUGCAAGUCUUGGAGUAGACGCUACUAUUUUGAGAUCAGAGAGUGCCGUCAGCUUGUAUCACUGGCAUAAAUUGGAAGUCUGGAGAAGUGGAAAGGGAGUACUUCUGAAAGUGAACAAACAGGGAUGGGUUGAGUCAGAACUUCAUGGAUCGAAGUAUGACAUUUUGGAUGGAAUCGGUCACAUUUUCAUUGGAGAACUUGACCUUCAAGAUAUUCCAACUGUCAUGAACGACAUUGGAGGAUUCUAUGGAUGCAUCAAGAGAAUUCGAUUGAAUGGUCGUUCGAUCACAAUGCAGUCAAUCUAUGCAACCAAUGUUGUUGAAUGUUUCCAAGAUCCAUGUUCCACAUUCGGAUGUCCAAAGAAAUGUAUUGCUCACAAUUCAAUGCCGAUUUGUCAAUGUGAUUGGCCAAUGAGUGGACGCAAGUGUACUUUUGCAACUGCUCCAGAAAUUUCUGCAAUGAAAUUCACCGGAUUCUCCUACUUGGAAGUGGAUAAUGACUCCGUCAUGAGCCACAUUACCGGUGACAGUCUCGAUAUGGCAGUCAACUUCAAAAUCCACAAUACAACUCAAACCGUUCGACAGAUUGUGGUAUCUGCUGGAGACGUUACCCAUGAAGAUGACUUCUUCGAGCUGUCGAUCGACACCAAUCGCUUCGUCAGAUUCGCUUUGAACUUGGGAUCUGGAACAAUCGUUUUGACUCAUCCGAAGAGAAUCGAUGAAGAGAAAUGGGUUACUGUUGAAGUAAUCCGGAAGAAGAACCUCGUGAAACUAUCCGUAAAUGGGGAAGACCCGAUCACUGGAUUCGCUCCUGAUGGUGCCGAGCAAUUGAAUGUUUAUCGGAAUGUCUAUAUAGGUGACAAUCAUAUGCUCGACGGGAACCCAGAUGGACGAGAUUUCAAGGGUUUGGAGGGAUGUAUACUCUCAUUGCGAUUCGAUCAAACUACAAUUUCCAACCCGAAACAGUCAAAAACAGCCAUCAAUAUUCAGGACUGUGCAAUCUAA